GCGCUGCCCGCUGGAUGUGGCGCAGUAGCUGAAGAUGAGGCAUUAAUAAAAGAUGAGUUUGACGUUCAUUUCCUUUCUGCUGACUGAAACCCGAGCUGGAUCCAGAUAAAAGGGUUCCAUUAGACAGCUCCACAGGGAUGGGGGGAAGGGAGCAGAACACCAGUAGCCCUCCGAUUCCUGGACGGCUCUGCAUAGAUCCAGCAUCAGCGAGUAGAUUGGCGAGUGCUAGCUUUUCAGCCUAGAACGUCAAGUUGUAAUAUAGGACAUUUCCUCUGCUCCUGGUCAUGGAUUCCUAGAGAUUGACCGUGUCUUUAGCGCUCUAGUUAAUGCUUCCUGUCCCUUUAAAUCCAUGACAUCACAGGUCCCCAUCCCCCCUGCAGACUACAUUUCCCAGCCUGCCUUGCAGUGUGGAGGGAGGGGAGCUGAGCAGUACUGCAGCUGUAAGGAUGCUGAGCAGAUGCCGGAGAAUACUCUAUGUGCAGAAUUCGAUGUUCAGCUCUGGGUCCCCUCUUCCUGUCAGUCGUCUGCAGCGCUCAGAAUUCUGCUGGUAGAUGUUCCAGUCUGGACACUUCUGUACUCUGCGGGUUCUCAUCCAGUGCCUGCUGCAACUCUCAUCCUCCGACAUGCAGGCGACCCAGGGACUUCUACUGCAAAUGAAUGGUGGCCUUGGAUCUCUUGUGUGAUUGACUGGAGCCCGCUCUCGCCUUGGCAUCUUAUACCCUUCUGUCUGGGGCUUCAGGUCCUCACUUACCUGCUUCAGUCUGGCAUCCUGAGGGUCUUCAUUUCUGGUCAUCACGUGGAGCUUUUAACCCUCUAUCUCCUGCAUCUCAUUUCUCCAGCAUCUUCACCUUUCAGCCAUUAUCGGUCUUCCACCACGAGAAUCACUUCUGUAGUAUCCAUCAUUCCUGCAGGGAUGUCUCCUUGGCUCCGUGGCCACCAUCUAACCACCAUCACAUCUGUCCAUCGCUGACAGUCCUGGCCUAGGUCCUUUCUUCUGUGUGUGGAGUUAUGUAGGGUCACAGGACAGCUCAGUGAUGACUUCAGGUCUCGGGGACCCGUCCUGGAUUUUGUGUAGUUGAUGUGUAAAUAACCUUUGCUUCCUUCCCUUCCGUUUUUUGGACUUGUCGCUCCUCGACCUCGCUCUGUCCAUGCUGCAUUGCUUGGCCUUGAUUCUUGCCGAGUAGUCUGCAUGGUCGCCCUCUGCUGUGUUCUCUGAUGACCAUGCUUAAUAUUCCCGCUAGAUCCUUUACGUGGAAUUCUCGAAAUCUUUACAAUUGAGUUUAAUGAGAUUGUGCCUUUUAACUGACCAUUAAGGGUUAACCUCUCGUCUCCUCCAUCCCGUGGGAUUGUGUACUGCGGACAUAAGGCUGGCUAGGGAGCCCCUCACUGAAGCCUAUGUUCUGGGCGCCUCCUCCUGAUGAGAGCGGUCACUGGAGCCUUCUGUAGAGAUGCCCUCCCCAACAGAUUCCAGUUUUUCCCUUACUGGACGGACAUCCCGCAGCCUGUCCCAGCUGAGGCUCCACCGGGCCUGGACACAUGUGCUGCUAGCACUGGGGUUUGUGCAGGUGAUUCUGGGGGUCCUCAUAGUCACGUUCAGUCUGGUCACAGCUUCUAUCACCACAAACACCAAAAUCAAACACUCAUGUCCAUCGUGGGCUGGAUUCUCUUUGGCUGUUUCAGGCCUCAUUGGCUGCAUCUCAUGGAAAAAGCCGAUCACUCUGGUGGUCACCGCCUUCACCCUAGUCAGUGCCCUGAGUGUAAUGCUCAGCCUGGCCGGCUCCAUCCUCUCCUGCCAGAACGGGCAGCUGGUGAAAUCCUUUAAUUCCUGUAAGAAGGACAAUAACUGGUGCAUUUGCUGCCACCCCAUCGGCCAGCAGGAGGCAGUACCUGACUGCAGGGAAAUGGAGAAGCUGACCCUGUAUCCCAACCAUCAGUGUGACAGCAUCCGCAUCGCUCUGAAGGACCUGUUGUUCAGUGUCUGUGGCCUCACCAUCUUUUCCACCAUCAUCUGCACCCUGUCCGCUGUCAUCUGCUGCAUUCAGAUUUUCUCAUUGGAUGUCACCCAUGUACUGGCCCCUCAGAGAUCAACCUCUGUCAACCUGGAGUGCUUCUCUGCACAAGACGCCAUCCUGCAGCGCAUGAUGGAGUGUGAAGAGUUUGUGCCCCCUGUUCCUCCACCUCCAUAUUAUCCCCCAGAAUACACCUGCAGCUCGGAGACAGAUGCCCAGAGUAUUACAUACAAUGGAUCCAUGGACAGCCCCAUCCCUCUCUACCCAGUAGACUUCCCACCAUCAUACGAGAGUGUGAUGGGGAUUCGAGAGGACAGCCAGGCCACAUUAUACGAUGCCCAAGCGAAUGAAGUCUUGUGUCUCAGCAUAUCAGACAGAAUCGACUCCACAGGCCACAGUGGUAAUGAGGACAGCAGUCCCUCAGAAGACUCUGUGCUGCUGGAGAUGCAAGGCUCGGCCGGAUCCGUGGGUUAUGUCCAGUAUCGCUUCAUCAAGCGCAGCCGGGCUGACUACUGUCUCAGUGCCGAUUGCGGACAAUGUGGACAUCACCAGCAGAGCCCUACCAUAAGUCUGCAGGGACCUUUUGAGGAAGUGGUAGUUCCUCGAGUGAAAGGGGGGCGCUCUUUCUCCUGUUCUACACCCAGUGAUUGCCCCGAUCCUCCUUCCCACGCAGAGAGUGGUGCCACGCGGAGCUGUAACAGGCUGGAAACCAUUGGGUGCACAGUUGGCCCUUGUUUUCCAGAGUUACGAGUAAAAGGAAAGGUUUCGGAUGGAAGAGAAGUAAACAGGGGGUCUGGGUGUUCCCUGCACCACAGCUCUCCCUGCCAGACCCCCGACUGUCCCCACCGCAGGUACAGUGAGAACACCCGGCCAAAGGCCCUGUCCAUAGACGUCACUCCCCGACUUGUCAUCCGCUCGCACAGUGACCCAGGCAUCAGUUCAGAUUUUGGGGUCCCUGAUUACAGCAAGGUGCUAGAGGAGGACAGUGUCUCGGCUUCCUCUGUGGAUGCAGGAUUAUAUGAAGGAGCCGGUUUGCACAGACUGCGCCCGCCUGGCUCGCCAACGCUCCUUCGCACUAAUUCAGAUGGAAAGAGCAGGAUGCAUUUUACCCGUAAAGCCGUUCAGCGACUUUCCAGAAGUGGAGCUCUGUCUCUGGGAGACCUGAAGGGAGGGCGCAAUACCCGGGUGCUGGUGGCCAGGUUCCUGAAUAGGUCUCGGCGGAGUCUUAAGGAUGGAGGAGACGGCUGCAAACCGGCUCCGAAGAGUCCUCUUUCCUUCGAUCACGAGAGACGUCAGGCUGGAACGCCCAUGCAGAGUUGUGGAGACCUCAGCUCCGCUUCUUCUCUACGUCGUCUUCUGUCCACCAGUCGGAGAGGAAACCGACGUCCUCAUAGCAUGAAUGGAACGUGUAAAGAGAGCCCUGAGUAAAGAGACUGCUGACCCAGAGACAUCACCUGCAUCCCGCCGACAACAAGCACAAGAAGUGACCUUACAGCUCAGGCGUCCUGACUUCAUGCUUUUGGGACUUGCGCUGAGGGACACUGGGUCCAGGUUCUCACCUAUUUGCUUUGCAUGUUGAUUUCUUGCUGCGCUCAGCGUUCACUCCUCCUGCACAUUAAGGGCUACCAACAAACUGUGCCCCGAGUCCUUCAGUAUUAUGGUGACUGCUCCCAGGGAGGAAUAAGAUCUUGUGUGUCAUAUUUUACUAAACCGUCUGAUGAAUCUGU